AUGGCCGCAGUAGAAAUGGCUAUCCAAAGAGCUGUUGAAACAGACGAGGUUCUUCUUCAUACAUACUCUUUUCUUUCGCUCUGCGCUAACGACGACCUACCACUCGAAACUGUUUUAAAGUUCGUCAAAGCCCAAGUAAAGGACCAUCCAGAGGUUUUAAUGAAGGCAAACAUUGUAAGGUCCUCUUUAAGUCUUGUUCAUUCCGAAGAAGGGGGUAAACGAACUUAUUUACGUUUACAUAAAGUAGUGCAUGACGCUUUGAAACGAGGCGAGAUAGCUAACCUGAAAUCAUGCCGGGAGAGUGACCACACCAUGGCAGAAGCGGUAAAGAUUUUCAACUCCCAACUCGAAGAAAACUACGAGAAUUAUACGUUUUGUAAAAAAUUGAGGCCCCACUGUGAAUCGUUACUUAACCAGAUGACGUCAGAGUUUAGUUCAGAUGAAAGCACUUUUUCAGAAAAGUUUGCGCCCUUCAUAAAUUUGGAUACAGUUAUUGAUUGGCUACAAAAACUCGCCAGGGUCUGUCAAGAAAGCUCCUAUUUCUUUUUUGCGAAAAUUGUGGUCAACUUAGCAUAUGACCUACUGUGGAACUUAGACGACAUUUCAACGAGUGCGUUUGCUCGUAAAGGGAGAGUUUUGAAUGUAACUGGCGAAGUGUAUCACAGGCUGGGAGAAUACAAUCAAGCCAAAGAACUUCACGAAAAAGCACUGAUAAUUCGCAAAAAGAUUUUUGGUGAAGAUCAUGCCGAUGUAGCAACAAGUUAUAACAACUUGGCAGUAGUGUACAUAAGCCUGGGAGAAUACAAUCAAGCCAAAAAACUUCACGAAAAAGCACUGAUAAUUCGCAAAAAGAUUUUUGGUGAAGAUCAUGCCGAUGUAGCAACAAGUUAUAACAACUUGGCAGUAGUGUACAUAAGCCUGGGAGAAUACAAUCAAGCCAAAGAACUUCACGAAAAAGCACUGAUAAUUCGCAAAAAGAGUUUUGGGGAAGAUCAUGCCGAUGUAGCAACAAGUUAUAACAACUUGGCAUCAGUAUAUAAACGCCUGGGAGAAUACAAUCAAGCAAAAGAACUUCACGAAAAAGCACUGAUAAUUCGCAAAAAGAUUUUUGGUGAAGAUCAUGCCAAUGUAGCAACAAGUUAUAACGACUUGGCAUUAGUGUACGACACCCUGGGAGAAUACAAUCAAGCCAAAGAACUUCACGAAAAAGCACUGAUAAUUUGGAAAAAGAUUUUUGGUGAAGAUCAUGCCGAUGUAGCAACAAGUUAUAACAACUUGGCAUCAGUAUAUGAACGCCUGGGAGAGUACAAUCAAGCCAAAGAACUUCACGAAAAAGCACUGACAAUACGCAAAAACAUUUUUGGUGAAGAUCAUGCCGAUGUAGCAACAAGUUAUAACAACUUGGCAUCAGUAUAUAAACGCCUGGGAGAAUACAAUCAAGCCAAAGAACUUCACAAAAAAGCACUGAUAAUUCGCAAAAAGAUUUUUGGUGAAGAUCAUGCCAAUGUUGCAGCAAGUUAUAACGACUUGGCAUUAGUGUACGACACCCUGGGAGAAUACAAUGACGCCAAAGAACUUCACGAAAAAGCACUGAUAAUUCGCAAAAAGAUUUUUGGUGAAGAUCAUGCCGAUGUAGCAACAAGUUAUAACAACUUGGCAUCAGUAUAUAAACGCCUGGGAGAAUACAAUCAAGCCAAAGAACUUCACGAAAAAGCACUGAUAAUUCGCAAAGAGAUUUUUGGUGAAGAUCAUGCCAAUGUAGCAACAAGUUAUAACGACUUGGCAUUAGUGUACGACACCCUUGGGGAAUACAAUGAAGCCAAAGAACUUCUCGAAAAAGCACUGAUAAUUUGGAAAAAAAUUUUUGGUGAAGAUCAUGCCAAUGUAGCAACAAGUUAUAACAACUUGGCAGUAGUGUACAAAAGCCUGGGAGAAUACAAUCAAGCCAAAGAACUUCACGAAAAAGCACUGAUAAUUUGGAAAAAGAUUUUUGGUGAAGAUCAUGCCGAUGUAGCAACAAGUUAUAACAACUUGGCAUCAGUAUAUGAACGCCUGGGAGAAUACAAUCAAGCCAAAGAACUUCACGAAAAAGCACUGAUAAUUCGCAAAAAGAGUUUUGGUGAAGAUCAUGCCGAUGUAGCAACAAGUUAUAACAACUUGGCAUUAGUGUACGAAGGCCUGGGAGAAUACAAUCAAGCCAAAGAACUUCACGAGAAAGCACUGACGAUUAGGAAACAAAUUUUCGGUGAAGAUCAUAAGUAUGUAGAAAGAAUUCGUAGUGAGUUGGCAUUAGUAAACAAACACCUUGUAAGCAGUCGAGCUAAAGAUCGGCACCAGAAAGCAUCUUGUUUGAUCCUAUAA